AUGAUGUCCGUUUCUCAAAAAAAUAUUUUUUUCGCUAUACUUAUUAUCAAUUGCGCAGGUUCAAAUGUUCAUAAAGUAUUAUUUGAAUUUAUACUUGGAGAGUGAGUAAUAUUCGUUUUCAGAUUAUCUGACAGUGCAACCAAUAAUUUUCACACAAAUUGAUAAUUCUUGAAAAUGUACAAGAUUGUUGAAAAUAAUCCUAUUGGUUCCAAAUUAUCAAACCUACGUCGCAGCUUUGUCGUAUUCUGGGACCAAGGGACCAUGUUGUUAAAUACAACAACCACCAAAUUUUCUGAUAUUUCUCAGAGUUCGUAAUAUAAAAAAUGCUAGGAAUUUAGACCGAAUUUCCUAUUUUAAAUGACUAGAAGGGCUUCGCUGGCUAACGCCAUCUACAGUAGUUUGACUUACUUUUUUCUGAUUAAUUUUCCGGUUAGGGAAAGAGAAACAUUGAGAAAUGACUAAAAAUAUUCGACUAUGGGAGAAAUUAGAACGAUCAGAUAAGAAACGUGGCCUGGAAUUUAAUUCGAAUAAAAACGUGAUCAUUCUUUUUUACAUGAAAAAAGUUUUGAUUUUUCACGUGAAAACUCGCGCAUUUUUUGAAAAAUCGAAUAUUAGCGCCUCGAUGGGAAAGAAUUUGGGAUCAAAUGGUGAAGGUCCCAUCAAAAAUGGUCUUCUGGAAAUUGAGAAAAGUCGAGCGACACAUUUUAAAUCCGAAAAAUACAUUGAGAUUUUCAAACUUUACAUUCUCCGCGCACUCACAUACAUUUUGAGAAAGAAUGAAAAGGAAGCGCAUCGAGCUGCCAACAUUUAGAAACUUUUUCUUUUUUUGGUCAUCAAUUUUCAUGCGCACAGUUUUGAGAACGGGACCCGGACAUACUAUUGCCAAAAAAAUUUUCCCAAUUAGUAUAUAGUAGAUUGCAACAGAAAUAUGAGCCCGUGAUACUUAUCCAGAAAAAAAAUGAAAAAUUUUCGAAUAUUUACAGCUACAAUCAUAUUUCGUUUCCACCAGGAGGUACCAACAACAGUAUUUUGAUAGAGUUCAAACUAAAAAUCGAUCAGAUCGUUGAUGUUCACGAAAAAAAUCAAGUUCUAACUAUCAAAGGAAUGAUGAUACAUGUAAAUUUUAUCCAACAUCUAAAAUCCAUUUUUCAUAGUUAUAGAAAUGGUUUGACAAAAGACUAUCAUGGGAUCCAUCCGAACAUGGGGGUGUGAAAUCGAUGCAUUUACCUGGAGAAAUGAUUUGGCUGCCAGAUAUAAUAUUAUACAAUAAGUAUGGUCAAUAAUCCUAGGUCAUGAAAAUUAUGUUAUAAUUUAGUGCACACGGAAGCCCUUGGGUGGCACAGACUACACAAGUCGAUGUUACAUUUGAAGGAGAGGUAUUAUGGUCACCACCAGUUGUGUAUAACUCGUUCUGUGGUAUUAAUAUUGAAUGGUACGAUGUCACAGUGCUGGUUGAAAUUUACAUAUCUUUAUUUGCCAACGUUUUAUGAUGAAAGUUUUUCGAUAGCUCAGUAUCCCGAAUUUUUUCAAAAUUACAGAAAAACUCGGCAUUUUAGAAAACCGAAGUACCCAUUCCGACCAACCUUGACCACCACACUAAGACUCGAAACUAAAAAUUAUUUUUUAUCCACCUAUUCAGGUAUCCGUACGACACUCAAACCUGUGAAUUAAAAUUUGGAUCAUGGACAUAUGGAGGGUCUCAAUUAAAUCUAAUUCAUGUGAGCAACGUAUAUAUUUACUAAAAAUUUGUCUUAAUUUCAGUUAACGGAUGACUUGUUGAAAGAAGAAAAAGAUGAAAACAAUCAGACAGUUUGGCGUGUUGAGAGAGGUGUGGAUAUAUCAAAUUAUCAGGUUUCAUCUUCCAAACAUGAUUAUGUUUCUUAUUGUUAAUUUAUUUCAUAGGAAUCAGUUGAAUGGGAUCUUUUGUCUUAUGAAGGAAUCAGACACAAAAAAUGGUAUCCAUGUUGUGAUUAUCCGUGAGUGUUCCGUGAAUUAAUAGUCUCAUCGAAAAAAUUCAGAUCAAUCGAUCUAACCUACUAUUUGAAAAUAAGAAGGAAAAAGUUAUUUUAUACUGUGAAUUUGGUGAUACCAUGCGUUUUGAUAGCUUUGUUGACAUUAUGGGUGAGAAUAACAGAAAGUCCCUAACUUCUUUAAUUUUGGGGUAAACAUGUAAAAAAUAUAAUUUUCAGGUUUUCUAUCUUCCAUGCGAGAGUCAUCAAAAAAUUCAACUAUGUAUAUCGAUAUUGGUUUCCCUUACAAUAUAUUUUUUAAUCAUGGUGAGUGAAAACUAUAACAUUAUGAAACUAUUACUGCUAUAAUAUCACACAGAUCGAUAUAAUACCUCCAACGAGUAUUGUAACACCACUGAUCUUGAAGUACCUCAGUUUCACAAUGAUUAUGGUGACUAUUUCGGUAACAUUCACCGUUUUGGUGAGUCAGAAAUAGAAGUUUGAACUACGCCUAAUUUAACGAUUAAGGUCCAACGAAUACACUAUCGAACAUCUUAUCAACCGAUGUCGCCUUUCAUCAAAUAUGUUUUUAUAAAUCGACUGGGUAAGAUACUAUUGAUUUCACGAAGAACUGAAAAAGCACAGUACCACAGAACCGCACAACAUUUGAAGGUGAGGUUAAGAUUCCAAAGCAAAAACUAUUUUUUGUCAUUUCAGCAAUUCAAUGCAAUGUCGGCAAUGAACAUUUUGGAACGUCAAUUUCAAAAAAAGAUCUUCGAGAUUGAGGCGAGUAUCCAGAACCAAAUACAUCAAAAUGAAUUUUUUAAAUUUCCAAUUAGUAAGUAAUUCUAGAUGUCUGUUGUGAACAAAAAAGCGAACGAGACAAAGAAAAAACCAAGUUCUGUACUUCUGGAGCUACCAUUACUUAGUCGAUCAAAAUCAGUCAAAAUACGUAAACCAUCAAUGAAACUAGUUAAGUAAGUCAUAUAAAUUGGAGAAAAUUUCUCUACUAAUAUUUGAAAAUGUUAACAGAAAUCGAGUGAGACGAUUGCUGAGUUCGGACUUGACAGAUGACAAAAAACCGUGGGUUUCAAAUAUUUUCGAAAAAUAACCGGAUUUUUUUUCAGACAGCAACCCGAUGAAAAUAAACCAGAAAUCAUAACAGAAUACGAUUCUGUUCGUGAAAAAUUGAGAAAGGCAGAAAGAAACAUUCAUUUUAUUGCUCGCACUUUGACAGUUCAGCGAAAACGGCAAGAAGUGAGUGAAAAGUUACUUGUUGAAAAACAAUUCCGAAAAGAUUUUGACCCUAGCGUUAGUACAAUUAUAAUUUUUAGGAUGAAGCUGACUGGAAAUUCGUAAGCUUGAUAAUCGACAGAAUACUCCUCAUUCUAUUCUCCCUCACCACCAUUACCGGAACAUUGUACAUAUUUAUAUCCUCUCCAGAUGUUCGAAACGCAAUCAAACACUUACUCACAACUGACACUAAAUUUGUUCAAUUAGAUACCUUAUUAUGA